GUUUAUCCCGCAUACAAUUGUAUGUAACAUUAUAUGUUGGAGUGUGAAAGCAAAGGAUGUUGAUCGUCUUCAAAAUGUCACAAAGUGUCAACCUGGGAGUACUAGUGUUCUUAAUCGUUCCGGCUUAUGCUAUGGCAACCCACAAAUAUGUCGACUAUAUCCAGGUUCCUCCUGAAAAAUGCUUCCUAUCACAAGAUGAUUUUAAAACAAAAGUUGCUGGAAACUAUUAUACAUCUGCGUAUGUGAUGGCGGCUGGCAAUGUUGGUGGAGUUGAUUUACUCGAGCCGAAUAAUAUUGGGGAAAGGGCAAACUUUCUCUGGACCAUCGUGCCGGACGGAAGAGUACAUCGCUCUUCUUCGUUUUGGGAAAACAGAUGCAUUGUGAUGGACGAAUUUUGGCCUCAAGCGUCUUGCCGAGAAGCAGCAUUUCAUCCAAUUGGAGGCUUUGCCAACAAGUCAAGUCCUACACUGCGUUCAGAAAUCUUGAUGAGCUGUGACCCUGAAAACUAUCUUGUCAGAGUGUUCUGUGACGCACCGGAAAUUAUUCCAGACAGCCGGUGUUACAAUAGUGCUGCGUUUGUCCUUAUUCGGGAUCAUCGCGUAGACGACGAUGGCGACGGAUUUUUGGACGAGAAUCCUGACUACAGCGGAACAGAUUGGUGCAAGAUUGACCGGCUUAUUCGGGCCUGCCUCGGCACAAAGUUGGUCGAAUGGCAGUGGCAUCCCCUGCGUAGGGAAGAGUGUCCCCGCCCUCAGUAAAGAUUAUCGACCAACAAGCACUACUCGGAAGAUUCCGUCGUGUUGCAUUGUUUACAAACGUGUAAACAAAACAUUCAUGCUUAAAU